UUCCAGUUUGAAGGAAGGAAGUACUGUGAGCAUGAUUUCCAGAUGCUCUUUGCUCCCUGCUGCCAUCAGUGUGGUGAAUUCAUCAUUGGUCGGGUUAUUAAAGCCAUGAACAACAGCUGGCAUCCUGAGUGCUUUCGAUGUGACCUCUGCCAGGAAGUGCUGGCAGACAUAGGGUUUGUCAAGAAUGCUGGCAGACACCUAUGUCGUCCAUGUCAUAAUCGUGAAAAGGCCAGAGGCCUUGGAAAAUACAUCUGCCAGAAAUGCCAUGCCAUCAUUGAUGAACAGCCUCUGAUCUUCAAGAAUGACCCUUACCAUCCAGACCACUUCAACUGUGCCAACUGCGGGAAGGAGCUAACUGCUGAUGCCCGGGAGCUGAAAGGGGAGCUGUACUGUCUGCCAUGUCAUGAUAAGAUGGGGGUCCCUAUCUGUGGUGCUUGUCGGAGGCCCAUUGAAGGGCGAGUAGUGAAUGCCAUGGGCAAGCAAUGGCAUGUGGAGCAUUUUGUUUGUGCCAAAUGUGAAAAGCCAUUUCUUGGACAUCGCCAUUAUGAGAGGAAGGGCUUGGCCUAUUGUGAAACUCACUAUAAUCAGCUGUUCGGUGAUGUCUGUUUCCACUGCAACCGUGUCAUAGAAGGGGACGUGGUCUCUGCCCUCAACAAGGCCUGGUGUGUGAGCUGCUUUGCCUGUUCCACCUGCAAUACCAAGUUAACACUCAAGGAUAAGUUUGUUGAAAUUGACCUAAAGCCAGUCUGCAAAUACUGUUAUGAGAAAAUGCCAGAAGAGUUUAAGAGGCGACUUGCCAAACGGGAACGAGAAGCGAAGGAGAAGGAGAAGCAGAGAAAGAGAAAGCCAGUGUGUCUGUAGCCUUCUGUCCCUUCCGGCCUCUCCCACUGCUGCCCCUGUGGAAUAAAUUUGUGGAGUUUGACAUGAAGCCAGUCUGUAAGAAGUGCUAUGAGAAAUUCCCAC